GGAUAUUUUUAAUGACUGUCCAGACAAAAAUGGGCUUGGCUGGGUGGAUUUGCAGAUAGGGUUGUGAAGUAUAAAUUGCGUUUCGGCCGUUUUUUUUUUGUAGAGUCCGUGGGUUAUUUUGCGCUAAACUCUUAAUCAAAUCUGGAAACACUGUGUGGGUGUUUGCAGUUGCUCAUUCCUUUUUGUACGUUAUGGUAUGCCGUAGUUGCGGUUGCUGGAGCUACAGGCGCUCAAACUCCUGUCAAAGCAAAGCUAGCUAGUAGUAUAUAGUUUUGGAAAAUUCAUAUGAACAUUUCACGAGAACAUUGAUAACAACUGUUGCCAUGGACGAGGUGAUGCGCCUGGUGUCAUCGGGUGACUGUGUGAAGGUCUGGGACUCUGCCUCCCUGACAGUGUUGGAGCAGUUCAACCCUCACAGCCCUACACACCCUGUGGCGCAGGUGUGCUGGAGCAGCAACAAUCAGUACCUUGUAAGUGCCAGCAGUAUAGGAGACAAGCUAGUAGUAUCCAGUCUCAAGUCCUCUCCUUUCCCAGUUGUGGAGCUUGCAGAGGGGAAAAAGCAGACACGUGUGAGUCUGAACUCCACAUCCCAGUAUCUAGCGAGUGGGGGGCUCGAUAACUCUGUCAACAUCUGGGACCUGAAGGGCAAGAGGCUUCAUCGCACCCUUAAAGACCACAAAGAGGAGGUGACGUGUGUCUCUUUCAAUGGCAGUGACAGCUACAUCGCCUCCGGUUCCACCAGCGGUGAUAUCAUCCUUCACAGUAUCACCACCAACCUGUCCAGUAAGGCCUUUGGACACGGCACCAACCAACCCAUCCACGACCUGAAGUACUCAGUGGUGAAACGUUCCUUGCUGGGCAGUGUGUCAGACAGCGGCUCUGUGGUCCUGUGGGAUGCCAACACUCAGAAAGAGCUGCAUGUGUUUGACGGCGCCCACAAGGCCCCCGCCUCGGGCCUGGCUUUCUCCCCUGCCAACGACCUGCUGUUUGUCACCGUGGGCCUGGACAAGAAGAUCGUCUGCUAUGACACCUCUAGCAAAAUUGUUCUCCGCAGCAUGCGCGUUGAGUCCCCACUCACAGCUAUUGACUUCACUCCGGACGGGGCAGGGCUGGUGGUGGGCUCCACUCAGGGCAGACUGUACAUGUACGACCUGCGCAACCUCAGCGCCCCCACCAAGACGGCCCCCGCACACAAGACCUCCGUCACCAGCCUGCGCUUCCAGAGCUCCCAGAGCAGACACCUCAAGUCCAGUAAAAUAAGUUCCAGCAAGUCUUCCAGCACUCACACAAACAAGAGGAUCUCAGCCAGACUUGGUACCACCUUAAUUCCAGCAACAACCCCCAGUUCUACCUCCACAACCCCAUCUAGCCAGCCUGCACCCCAUGUGGGAGACCAGGGGGAUGGACAGGCUCAAGGCACAGGCUCCAAUGUUGGGGUGUUCUCCAGAGAGGGGGAGGGCCAACCAGUGGUUGACCGCCUGCCCAGUCUGGACAAGUUCAGCAGUGUGGGUAGAAACAGCCUGGACAUCUUCUCCCCUGUUAGAGAUGAUUACAAAGUCCACAGAAUGAGUGGAGAAGAUCCUGGUGGAAUCAAAGGGAAUGGGACCAGUUUGGAUAUGUUCUCCAGAGAAGGAGAGGGGCAGCAGAGCAUGGAGAAGUUCAAAGUGGGACGCAAUAGUCUGGACAUUUUCUCUCCUGUCAGAGAGGCCAAUGGAAUGACCGCAGAUGCAUCAUGUGGGAAGAAAGGAAAUGACCUGGACUUUCUCCCAUCCUACUCUGGUGGACCGCCACACCGCAAGACUCCCCUAGGCAACCCUGGAGGAGGGCGCUGUUACAGCCCCCUGUCUGUCUUCCAGACCCCUCCACCAAUCAAAGAGGAGGAGGCCUUGUCGUCUGCACCAGCGCAGACCGACCCAAAUGAUUUAAAAAGGAAUGAGGUCAGUCCCAGUCUGGAGGGUGACAGCCCCACUGUACCCACAUCAACCAAGGCCUCACACAGCCAUCUGGUACCGCAGUUCUUCACCCCCGACGCCGGCCUGAAGAAGGCCACUGAUGUACAGGCCCAGUUGAGCAAUAACACGCCUCUCAGGGGGGCAUCACCCACUACAGCUUCAGGCCCUGCAGUGUCUUUGGCAGUGGCUUCUUCUCUGUCUAGAACAGUGGAGGCUGUUGAAACAGAGGGUGGAGGCGCUCCACUCACCUCCCUGCAGAUUCAGUUCAUCCGCAAUAUGAUCCAUGAGACCCUGGAAGACUUUAGGGACGCCUGCCACCGAGACAUAGUGAACCUCCAGGUGGAGAUGGUCAAACAGUUCUACAUCCAGCUGAACGAGAUCCACGGCCUGAUUGAGAAGUACUCUGUCAACGACUCCCUGGUGGAAGAGAUCGAGAAGCUGAGGGAGGAGAACAAACGUCUCCGAGCCAAUUACUGAGGUCAACCGGAUGGACUUACCGCCGCAUCGCUACAGUUGUUGUCGUCCCCUCUCAGAGUAUUCUGAAGAGCUUUAGGUCCAGUUGGAAUUAUCGUGCCAGAGAAAGAAAUGAAGACCAUGGGUGCCUUUUUGUAUCCCUGCAAUCUCUUUAUAAGGGACCCUUUUGUAUCUUUACCACACUUACGUCUAACUUGCCCUGGACUCCUAAGUGCCUAACUGGUAGUUAACCAGAAUGUUGUACCAAGUGUGCUGUUAUCACAGACAUCAGUGACUGGGCCCUGGUAGUGGCCUAAUUCCAAACCGAUCUCCACCAUGCAUUUGGUCCUUGACGACUCUACUAAGCAGAUCUGAUAUGAUGGAUAACGGACAAGUGAAAGUAAUGUCGACAAGUGCCGCUUUUCAACAUGGUAUAGACCAAGUUAAUGUUAUCUUUAGCUUUAAGUGGCAGACUGAAACGAGACGUUAGGGCAUGGCUUUGGUGGAAGACAAUCAUGAUACUGUCUUUAGACCAGGCAAGAAAUAAAUGCCUAAUUGGUUAUCGAUUUCUUAUAGUAAGCAGUGGUGCAAAGUACCCCUCUGUGAAGUGUGCUUGUAUCAGCAAGUUUCUGUCCAUCAUAGCUAUUCAUUUUGUUAUCGAUGUUUUAAGAGGAUAAUAAAUAGCAAUAAUUACACAUA